AUGGUGCCCUUCUGGGUCCUCUUAUACGCCGUCCUACCAAGAAGCUUCCGCCCUCGCCGUUCUUGGUCCAUAAAGCAGAUUGUCGCCGUCAACUUUACCCGACGCAUAUACAAGGUCACCGAGCGCGCCGGCGUCACCUGGGGCACGCGCGACCCGGAGGAGGCGUGUGAUAACCGUGCGCUCAAGGAGACUCGGUUCGAGUGGGUGGACCCGCUGCCGGAGCGUUUGCGCACUGGCAUUGUGGCGGACGGACAGGUGCCGUUCAAGCGGGUAGGCGUGUUCGUUUGGCCAAAGGAUGGAUCUGAAGGCAGCAUACAGCGCAAGGAGUCUGGCAUUGCGCUAACGUCUCCAUCCGAUGUAGAGGCGCGCGCCGGUAACGAACCCCUUAUCGGCAUUUUCCUGCACGGCGGGGGCUACUGCCACAUGUCAGCGCACGAGAGCUCGUCGACGUCCAAGAUACCCCGUCAGCUAAUCAAGGACAAAGCCUUCGAUCAGAUAUACGCCGUGGAGUAUCGCCUCCUGCAACACGCACCAUUCCCCGCAGCCGUGCAAGACGCAGCGGCAGUGUAUGCGCACAUUGUUCGCCAGCAUCAGCGCCCGCCGACGAAUUGCAAGGUCGUUCUGAUAGGCGACAGCGCGGGCGGGAACUUGGUGCUCGCGCUAGCGCGGUGGAUCAGAGACGAGGGCGUGCUGCCCCCUCCGGAUGGGCUUCUUCUGCUCUCUCCGUCCUGUGAUCCAUCACAUGCUUUCCCAGAAUCGCCUUCGUCUUAUAUCCCGCGACCGCACGGGAGCACAGACUACCUCGUCGACACGCCCGAGCCUCGGGCGCUGCUCCAGCGGACAUUCCUCGGGCAUAAUCCACUCGAGACGAUGCACAGCCCAUACGUCAGCCCGGCGUCGAUGCGCGUGCUGCGUGCAUACUAUGGCGAUGCGUUCGCACAUAGCGUGCAGGACCUGACGAUCGAGCAGAUGGACACGGCAGCGCGGAAGCGCCUGCGGGAGAUGACAUCGGUGCCCGGGACGCCCGCCAAUCAGCCCGAGACACCAUUCGAGCCGUCUACGAAUGGCGAGGUGAACGGACUGAAGCCGAGCCCCACGAGCCUGGCGCUGCCGCAGAUAUCGUCGCCACGGGGACUGAGUCUGUUCAGCGAGUUCCCGCGUGCGUGCAUCGUGCUGGGGGACGCAGAGCGGCUAGAGAGGGAGGUGAUGAAGCUGGUUAGCGGGAUGGAGCGCGAUGGGGUGGAUGUGCGGACAAUUUGGGUAGAGGACGGUGUGCACGACGUGCUGAUGAUGGGGUGGUGGGAUGAGCAGGUGCGGGCGAAGGUGUGGGGUGAGGUCGAGGAUUGGCUGGGUGAGAAUUUGAGGCCUUGA